UUAAUUGUUUUACUUACAAAAUCAACCGUAUGCAAAUCUGACAGGGCAGGCACAUGGUUGUCAGCCGCCAUUUUUUCACACUCGGAACUCCUCGGAAUAUGACUACGUAACAUAUUAAGAACAGCUGAAGAGUUCCGAGUGUCUUUGUAUACACUACUAAUGGUAGCCUACCGCAUUACGUCCCUUUGUUACUUGCCGCUAUUAAAAAUUGGCGCUGUAAGUCAACCGUAGUUCCGGUCUGACCUCCCGCCAUAUCUCCGAUGUAAACAACGCUACAAUGUUUGGAGAGGAAGCGAUUGACAGACACAUUUUCUAAUAACCCUUGAUUGCAGAAUGGCAUCAUCAGGGACAGUACCUGUAGGGGGCGUUAACGUUUUUGAAGAACCAGAGACCAAAGAUGAUGGGGAGAUCGAAGAAAGGAUGGAAUAUUCAAGCGAUGAGAUGGGACUGGCAAACCAACAAUCUGAUGAGGACGAGGAAGACCCCAGCCAACAAUCUGCUGAAGGAAAGGAAUGUGGGACUGAUCAAGAGCUUGACCGUAUGGGAGACUCAGGGGUCGAUGCUCAGGAUUUAAGGUGUCAGAAUCAUAGCUCUUCAACUGGUAUGGCUGUUUCAAAUGAUCCAGAAAUGCUCCCCUCAUCAACCAAUGCAAUCCCAUUGAUACCAAAUUACAGUAUUUCAGCAGAUAUCUUACAGGAAAGUUCUUCUGGAGAUCCCAUACACCCAACCAGAAAUACUGCUACUGAUGAAAGUACAUCCCCUAGUCAACCUAUGGCCAAUGAUUUACUGUCAUACAUGUUGUGGACUGCUUUCUGUAUUAUUGAAGUGCUGCAAAACGGUUUUUGUCAAGUUUAUUCUUGUGAAAAUGAUUUACCAGAUCCCUUGAGACAGUGUGCAACGAUGGCAGAUGAUACCACAGAUCAUCGAAAUGUUUCUUCUGUGACCAAUUAUGAAAUACAUGAGGAAGGUAUCAGACGAAGAGCAGAUGUCCAGUUCACCAAUGAUACAAUGAGAUGUGAGGCUCAGCCAGGUUCAGAUGAGGAAGAUCAAUCACUCUCCAAUAACUUCCAGCCAACUUCUGUGAAUGGGACAAGCAAUGAGGAAAGCUACAUGGAUAUCAUGUUGAGGCAAAAAAGAAGUCAUUCUCCGAUUAAUCAUCAGGAUGUCAACCGUAUCAGCAGUAAUAAUUGGAUGACCAGGUCGACUGACAUGGGCCCAGAUAGCGAUGAAGCAACAUCAUCAGAGGGUGAGGAACUGCAGUCAAACACCCGACCACCAGAAAGCCGACCUCAAGGUGUUCCUCAUGGUGGAUGGCUAGAUCCAUUGACACGGUUAUACAACACAUGCAACUUAGACCAGUUAGUUAACGGCCAGUACCUUAUAUGCCUGUUCCGACCCAUUCGAAAUCUGUUGGAAGACAGAGCACAAAGAUUCCCUGAAACAUAUGGACAUCUCUGGCACGCUCUGCGUCUGUGUGAGGCAGGGCAAUUUGCAGCAGCAAAAUUCUACCUGGCGCCCUUGUACGACAUGUACAGUGCAGAAGGAACUAGGGUGAUGCCACUCAUUGUGGGACAGCUGCGACAUUUCUUUUCGACUUCCUGCCAAAAGUGUGGAUAUUGUCAUGAUGGCGUGCCUAUAGCAAAUAUCUGUCUAAACGAAUAUAAUCGGAUUGGAGGGUUCCAGGAAGCCUUAAGGGCCGCUUUUUCACGUCCAGAUGGAACAUGCAUUCAGCAGGGGUAUGUUAUUUUUUGUAUUAUUUUUAAACUCGUUCAAUUAUCAGGGCUUUUUUUCACUACUUUGGGAAUGGGGCCUAUGGCUUUGGGAUUGGGAAAAAUGCACGGCAACAGGUAACUUGGGGAAAAAUGGACAUGAUGGUAAAAAGAACAAGUAGACACAAAUAUGGAUCUAUGCUAAAUUUAUUUAGACUCUUAGAGCAUUAUCUCCCUUUAUCAGGCCAGAAUAACCAAUAAUAUGUAGACGGGACGUCACCAUCUGGAUUUU